UUCCUGGACUCCAUGGCAACCCUGGGACUUGCAGCCUAUGGAUAUGGCAUCCGCUAUGAAUAUGGGAUCUUCAAUCAGAAGAUCCGUGAGGGAUGGCAGUUUUUUGAAGGGAAGGAGCUGAGGCUAAAGCAAGAGUACUUUGUGGUGGCUGCGACCCUGCAGGAUGUCAUCCGACGUUUCAAGGCCUCCAAGUUUGGAUCCAAGGAUGGCGUGGGAACCGUGUUCGAUGCCUUUCCAGAUCAGGUAGCCAUCCAGCUGAAUGACACACACCCUGCGCUUGCCAUCCCUGAGCUGAUGAGGAUUUUUGUGGAUAUUGAAAAACUGCCCUGGUCCAAGGCAUGGGAGAUCAGCAAGAAAACCUUCGCCUAUACCAACCACACGGUGCUCCCAGAGGCACUGGAGCGCUGGCCGGUGGAGCUGGUGGAGAAGCUACUGCCUCGACACUUGGAGAUCAUUUAUGAGAUCAAUCAGAAGCAUUUGGACAGAAUCGUGGCCUUGUUUCCUAAAGACAUUGACCGCAUGAGGAGGAUGUCUCUAAUCGAAGAGGAAGGAGGCAAGAGGAUCAACAUGGCCCACCUCUGCAUCGUGGGCUGCCAUGCAGUGAACGGUGUAGCCAAGAUCCACUCAGACAUCGUGAAGACCCAAGUAUUCAAGGACUUCAGUGAGCUAGAACCAGACAAGUUCCAGAAUAAAACCAACGGGAUUACUCCGAGGCGUUGGCUCUUACUCUGCAAUCCAGGGCUGGCUGACUUGAUAGCAGAGAAAAUUGGAGAAGACUACGUGAAAGACCUGGGCCAGCUAACAAAGCUCCAUAGCUUUGUGAGCGACGACCUCUUCCUCCGGGAAAUAGCCAAAGUGAAGCAGGAAAAUAAGCUGAAGUUCUCCCAGUUCCUGGAAAAGGAGUACAAGGUGAAGAUCAACCCAUCUUCCAUGUUUGAUGUCCAUGUAAAGCGGAUUCACGAGUACAAACGGCAGCUCCUGAACUGUCUGCAUGUCAUCACCAUGUACAACCGCAUCAAGAAAGACCCUAAGAAGUUAUUCGUGCCAAGGACAGUCAUCAUUGGUGGCAAAGCUGCCCCCGGAUAUCACAUGGCCAAAAUGAUCAUAAAGCUGAUCACCUCUGUGGCAGAAGUGGUGAACAAUGACCCCAUGGUCGGCAGCAAGUUGAAAGUCAUCUUCUUGGAAAAUUACAGAGUAUCUCUUGCUGAAAAAGUCAUUCCAGCCACAGAUCUAUCGGAGCAGAUCUCCACCGCGGGCACAGAAGCCUCUGGGACGGGCAACAUGAAGUUCAUGCUCAACGGGGCCCUGACCAUCGGGACUAUGGAUGGGGCCAACGUGGAGAUGGCAGAGGAAGCUGGGGAGGAGAACCUGUUCAUCUUUGGCAUGAGGGUAGAUGAUGUGGCCGCUUUGGACAAGAAAGGGUAUGAGGCAAAAGAAUAUUAUGAGGCCCUUCCAGAACUGAAGCUGGCCAUUGAUCAAAUUGACAAUGGCUUCUUUUCUCCCACUCAGCCUGAUCUCUUCAAAGACAUCAUCAACAUGCUGUUUUAUCAUGACAGAUUUAAAGUCUUUGCAGACUACGAAGCCUAUGUCAAGUGUCAAGAAAAAGUCAGUCAGCUGUAUAUGAAUCAAAAAGCCUGGAACACAAUGGUACUCAAAAACAUAGCUGCCUCAGGGAAAUUCUCCAGUGACCGGACAAUUAAGGAAUACGCCAAGGACAUCUGGAACAUGGAGCCCUCGGAUCUGAAGAUUUCCCUAUCCAAAGAGUCUAGCAGGGGCAUCAACGGGGAGUGACAGGAAAAUGUCUCUCAGAAAGGAAUGACUUCUCAUUGAACUUGAAUAUUUUUAUAGCUUUGCUGAUUCUGUUUUGUUACUGAAUAAUUAGUUAGGUGUCUCUGAGAAUGGGAAAGGAAAACAUAUGGCUGUAUUAGAGACUGAAAAAUAAAAUGUAGACUUCCAGUUGUCAGUCGGUAGCCUGCCAGGA